ACAACACAGAAGUGUCACACACAACUUCUGCUUCCACUGCGCUGCACUGAUUGAAAUAUUCAGAAAUGUCAUAGCUCAGUGUUUCUGCCGUGACAGCUUCAUACAGUUAUCCGGACUCAUUCAAAGUUUCCUCCUCUCAAAUCUCCGCGACGAUCUCCCGGAUUCCAACUGGCAGUUGUUGGUGUUUUACAAAAAACAGUCACCUGAAGUCAGAUGAACAAAAAAAGUGACAAAACAGGACAGAGGAUUCUCUUUGUUCACGAAAAAUGAUUUACUGUUGGGAGUGAACAGAAGACGAGAAACAUAUUAAUAAAGAUGCCUUCCUGUGGAAUGGAGAGUCUGAAGUGAUGGAGAACAGAGAGGAGAGCCCUGCAGAUGAGCAGGGCCCCACACCUCCAGAGCGAGGUCUGCUCCACUUCUGGCAGUCAAAGGGCCCCAGUGCACAGCUCUGUCCAGAGAGAGUGCUGCUGUCCAGGCCUGUUCUGCAGGCCGCUCUGGGUGAACACCAUGGACUCCUGCUUACACAGGGUGGACAGGUGUAUUCCUUUGGAGAGUUAUUGUGGAGGGAUCUGAGCAUCCCAGUGUCUGCUCCGGUACUGGAGGUCUCUCUGCUGGGGAGCAGGGUGAUCCGAGUGGCUGCUGGUGGUUUCCACUGCGGAGCGUUGAGUGAGCAGGGCAGUGUCUACAUGUGGGGGGAGAACACUGCAGGACAGUGUGGGCUGACUGAGAGGGGCACGGUCACAAACAUCACAGUUUCAGAGCCUUGCCUGGUCUCUGUGGUGGACAGUGAGGUCGUUCCUCCAGCAGUGGUUCGUAUUGUGGAUCUGGCUCUUGGCCGAGAGCACAGUUUGGCUCUGUCGGCCCAGAACGAGCUGUGGGCCUGGGGCAGCGGCUGCCAGCUUGGCCUGGUCACCAACACCUUCCCUGUGUGGAAACCACAGAAGGUGGAGCACUUGGCAGGGAGACAUGUUAUUCAGGUGGCUUGUGGUGCGUACCACAGCCUGGCCCUGGUUCGCAGUUUACCUCCACAAAAUCGCCAGAAUCCUUCUGAGAUGCGGGAGCGCGGUCAGUCACCUCAUUAUUCAGUGACGGAAAGGGAGGAGCCAUCUGCAGUUGAUGGUGGUCACUACUGUCCGCUGGGAGUGGAGCUGACUGAAGUCAUGACAGGAGAGACCUCUCCCAGGAGAGGAGGCCCCAGACGAAGGAUCCAACCCGGGGGAAGGCCAGCUGGCAGCAGCCCGGGCUCUGCAGCAGGCUCAUAUCCAUUUUCUGAGGAUGGCAAAUCUAACACUAAACAGACAAGUCCUCAAGUUGGGCACACUCAACCUCUCACUAACACAGACGGCAGCCCAAAUUCUCACCCACUGUCAGGCUGGAGAGCCAAAAAGAACUCUGCUUUCUCUGAUGAAGUCGAGCUUCAAAACCUCCUCCAGAAACUCUCCAGUCAGUCAGUGGAGAUGCAGCACACCACCGGGCCAGGAGAUACCGACUCGCUGAGCAGUUACACUUCAGAUGACAGUUGUGUUUCUUCAACUCCUUCCACGGAUCUGUUGACUUCCAGUUACAAAGAAGACUCACCAAUUAAGAGUCAAACUAACAAUGGCGUGGCGGUGGCGUACUCUUCCUCCCCUGUGUGCUUGGAAGAAGUUCGGCUCUGUCUGGAGUCAGAGAAGCAGACGCUGCAAGGGCAGAAGAGCUCUAGUUUAACAAAUAUAAACCAGAAGGGGAAAGCAGCAGCAGCAGCAGCAAACAGGAGACGCUCCCUGCCCGGAACACCCACACGUGGGUCUCCACGGCGACGGCGGCCUUGUGCCCACAGGCCAUCCUCUGCUGGUCGGCCCCAGGUUGCAGCACCAGAGGAGGCUGGAGACGGGCUGCCGUCUCUGGAGACAGAGGUGUGGAGUUGGGGCCGCGGGUCUGAGGGGCAACUGGGACACGGAGAUCAGCUGGCCAGACAUCUGCGUAAAAUGGAUGUCUUAAAAACACGUCUGAAACGCUUUCAGUGUAGACAUGGUGUUACAGUGUGGAUGUCCUCCUCGCCUGUGUACUCAUGGGGCAGCAACAUGUGUGGACAGCUCGGUCACGUCAACAGUCCCGUUACUGUACCUCAACAGGCAAAGCUGUCUGAUGGUCUCCGGGUUUGGGACGUGUCCGCCGGUCAGAGCCACUCCCUCCUCCUUGCUGAUGGAGAAUGCGUCCAGCCAGUCCUGUUGUACUGCGGCCAGCAGCAAGAACCAACGUCAGCGCAGACUGAGAGGUCACACCAGAGGUCACCAAGGAGAGCAGAGAGUUAUACAGUCAGACCCACCCUGCUGCCCUUCUGCGUAGAGAUGGGUUACAUCAGCAGAGUUUGCAGCGGCGGUCAGAGCUGUCUGGUGUUGGCAGACCAGAACGUGAUGGGUUUUAUCUCAGCGAUUCAUGAGCUGGCCUCCACAGAGAGACAGUUUUACUGCUGGUUGAACAGUGUCAGGAAGCUCCUUCUCACGCCGCUACGCAACAGAGAGAGUGUGAGCCCGUCAUUAGGUGAGCCUUGCACUCACCUCUUCUUCUCCCUCUGUGAGAGUUUUGGUCGCCUGAGCGUCCUGAUUGGUCAACACUCUACGUCACUCAGCUACCUCCUGCACAAUGUGCAGGCCUGUGAUGUCACAUCCCUUCCCCUGCUGACGCACACUGAGCACUUUCUGGCUAUUUAUAAAGAGUAUUGUUUCUCGGUAGGUCACUUCCAGGUGAUGGGUGGAUUCCGAUCACUCCAUAAACUCUCACUUGAGUGUUUAGGCAACCAGCAGACCACGCUCGCUCAGCUGUGUGUGUCAGACCAGUCUGUUAGUGGUGAUGUUGACCUGGUUUCCUUGUUAUACCGGCCUCUGCAGCAGCUCCACCAGUAUAGCCGAGUCCUGCUCAAACUGGCGUCCUGUUACGAUGUGUUAACUACAGAGUACCAGUCUCUCCAUCAGGGCUGUGGUCAGUAUGACUCCCUGUCUAUGUCCCUGCUGAGGAGGAAGAAGGAAGCGGAAACCACCUUCCUCUUCUGGAAGACGCACUCUGGAAAAACCACUGAGGUCCUGCGUCUCCCUCAGCGCCGGGUGGUGUGUGAAAGCAGCAACCGAUCUCUGACCCUGCAGAACGCUGGACGUUUCUCCAACCACUGGUUCAUACUGUUUAAUGACACGCUGGUGCACACGCAGGGUGCCAUUCCCUCUCAGAACCUUUUCUCCACACAUCACAUCUACCCUCUGAGCUGUCUGUGGGUGAAACCAGUCACUGACGACAGCAGUGGACUAUAUGCCAUCAAAAUUACAUGUCCGGAGGAGAGUUUCACCCUGGUGGCCUCGACUCCACAAGAAAAGAACAAGUGGCUACGGUCUCUUAACCAGGCGGUAGAUCAGGUGCUGGGUGGUGCAGGUCAGGGGUCAUCACCAGGAGUGACAGCAAUGUCUCGCACGGCUUCCUACACGUUCAUUGGAGACGGCCGGUUUAAAGAUGCCCAGUACACUGGUGGCUGGCUGGCAGGACGAGUUCAUGGCAGAGGCACCAUGAAGUGGCCAGAUGGACGGACCUACAGCGGGAGCUUUAAGAAUGGACAGGAGGAUGGUUAUGGAGAGUGUAUAAUACCUGACAAAGUGCUGAAUAAGCCAGACAUCUACCAAGGACACUGGAGAGAUGGAAAGAUCCAUGGUUUUGGCAAGUACAAGUAUGCCAGUGGCGAGGUGUACGAGGGCUGUUUCUGUGAUGGCCAGCGGCACGGUUACGGCAUGCUGAGCUCUGGUAAGCUGACCAAGAAGUCCUCCAGUGUUUUCAUUGGCCAGUGGGUCCAUGGCAAGAAGACAGGAUAUGGAGUCUACGAUGACAUCACCAGAGGUGAGAAGUACAUGGGACUGUGGUUGGACGAGCAGCGGCAUGGCAACGCUGUGGUUGUCACUCAGUGCGGUGUGUACUAUGAAGGGACCUUCAGAGACAACAAGAUGUGUGGUCCAGGUCUGUUGGUGUCAGAUGAUGACACAGCUUUUCAUGGGGAGUUUUCUGAUGACUGGACUAUAAAUGGGAAGGGAGUUUUGUCCCUGGCUAACGGUGACUGUCUGGAGGGGCUGUUCAGUGGAGAGUGGACCGCAGGGCUGAAGGUGGUGGGAACAUACAUCAAACCAGCUGCAGAUGAACCAGUAAACAGAGAGAGAAACACCCUGCUCAGGGUGGGUCAGUACGUGGUGCCCGCAGGUCAGAGGUGGCUCUGUGUGUUCGAUGGAUGUUGGAGUCGACUGGGCUGUGAAGCUGCUGGGAGAGGAGAGAGGGCCGCAGCCUGGGAUAACAUCGCUGUGACUAUAUCCGCUGCACGACGACACAGCCCAGAUCUCAGCAAGUCUCAGAGCAAAGUGUUGGAGUGUUUGGAGUUUAUUCCUCAGCAUGGAGAACCAGUGACCACCGCAAACUACGACAACAUACGCAGAUACCUCAGCAAGGCGUGUGAGACCCCUCACCACCCUCUGGGCUGGCUGGUUGAGACGUUAGUGACGGUCUACAGGAUGACUUACGUUGGUGUGGGAUCCAACCGCAGGCUGCUCAGACAGGCCGUGCAGGAGGUUCAAGCCUUCCUCACACACUUCUACAGCGUCGUCAGAUUUCUGUUUCCAGGGUUACCAGAUGAUGGCGGCAUCAUCCCAGAACCCCCUUGCUCUCCAUCUAGAACUCGACACAACUCUAACAAAGCAGACUAUGGUACUGUUGUGGUGGUGAGCUGCUCCUCUCUCCUCCUCCCUCAGCUGCUCCCUCGACUCUACCCUCCUCUCUUCAUGCUGUACUGCCUUCAGGAGGAGCAGAAGGAGUCCCAGUACUGGGAGCGCAUCCUUAGACUCAACAAACAGCCUGACAAAUCACUGCUCAGCUUCCUGGGAGUGCAGGAGAAGUUCUGGCCGGUGUGGACGUCAAUUCUUGGUGAGAAAAAGCCGAUUGUGUCCAGCAGUAAAGAAGCCUGUUUUGUUUCUGCUGUAGAGACACUCCAACAAAUCAGCACCACUUUCACUCCUUCAGACAAACUCCUCAUCAUCCAGAAAACAUUUGAGGAAUUGACCCAGGAGGUCAAACCUAUGCUGGAGGGCAACUUCUUGUGGUGCAUGGACGACCUGCUUCCUCUCUUUCUCUAUGUGGUGCUCAGGGCAAGGAUCAGGAAUCUGGGAGCUGAGGUCAGUCUGAUCGAGGAUUUAAUGGAUCCCAACGUUCAGCACGGAGAGAUGGGACUGAUGUUCACCACACUGAAGGCCUGCUACAUCCAGAUCCAGCAGGAGUCGACUAUGUAGGAGCGGACAAGAAGAUGUCACGCUGUCAUCAUCAGCAAUAAAAGCACUGCCAGGAGAGACAAAGUGCUUCACACUGAAGAGCCAACAAAACAAAACCAGUAAAACUACCAGCCUUCUACUGAUGGCCACUGGGAAACUGCACUGAGACUACAGUGCCAGCCUCACCUCCUGUCAAACAGGAAGACGAUGUCUGACACUUAGUCUCACAGCACGCCAAAGUCCUUGCUUUUGUUGAAGGACAGUUUUCACAGGAAAACAUCACAGCGUCAUUGUCUGGAGAUAAUAGAAAACUGCAUUGUCAUCUUUCCAACAAUAUCGGGUAAGCUGUAUAUUUUCAGUUGUACUUUAUCCAAUACAUCAAGUCAGUUUACAUUUUUCAGUUCAGUUAAAUGUAUCAAAAGUAUUUAAUGAAAAUCGGACAUUUUUCCUGCAGAGGUGUAACAGCAGCGCAGUUUAUUUACUUACUACAGUGUUUCCAAAAGGGGUUAUUCAUUAGAAUAUACAUUAGUUUUGCUGUGAAGUGUUGCAGUGUUUAUUACUCCAGACAAAGGGAACUGAUCAAACUGAUCAAAUGCUACUGGUGUCGUCUGAAAUAUAAUCAGAUUUUAAAUUGAACAAUAUUGUUUAAUUUAACAGUAAAUAAGAAAUGCACUAUGGAAAAUAGCAAAAUUGAAUGAAGCUUGCAGUGCAGCUCCCGGCUGUUGGUUGGGUAUUGGCCUUGUAAUACAGAAAAUGCAUGCACCUUAGCGUGUUUCUGGCACUGGAAUAAUUGACAGAGUAAUGUGAUCACUGUAUUUGCAUUAUAUUUCACUACUGGUCCCAGAGCAAGACCAGCAGGAGGCACAGAUGGAGUUAAAACAACAGGGUUUAACUGAGCCUCCUUUGGUUCAUCAGUAAGCAGCUGUAGCAGCUGGGGAGCCGCCUGGAUUAAGGUGUCUGCUCCUCUCACAAAAUACCAUUCAAAUUUCACAAAGUUUUACUGUCUGUGUGAAAACAGAGCAAAGAGCCGAGGGCACGUAAUGCCUUAGCCGUGGGUUAAUAUUUCCUCCUCAGAAGCCAAACCAAAAUCACCAGGUCAAAAAGCUCAGUUUCUUACGGAACAGUGUGCUCCUGCAAACAUGAAUUAGAUGCAAAUUGCUUUACUUUGUUUGCAUAUAAAUCAGAAAUGCUUCAUUUCACUGGCAUCCCCUCUCACUCCCAAACUAACUUAGACCUUUUUUUCCAUCUGUUGAAUGCAGGGGUUAAAAACAUCAGACGAAACAGACUGUUUAAGUUAUUUUUAUUUAUUAUUUUAACACAUGUAUACUCCUGUAGUACAAACCACACUUGUGCAUGCACCUGCACAUUGAAACAAACUAUGUAGCAGUUUGUCUCAGGUCUGCUGAUAUUCAUAGCUAGUAAACAGUAAGCUGAGCAGUAGGACAGUAAAAUGUCACUACAGAGGAAAAUGAUUUUUUACUUAAGAUAAUUAAUGAUUCGAUUGAUUUCCUGUUAAUUUUUCAUUUAGACUGUUAUUCUGUGGAGUGUGUGUGUUUGUGUGUGAAUGAUCAUUUACGAACAAGUCUGACAAGGAAUACUUUUAAUUUUGCACUGACAGUUUUUUGAUUUAGUUCAGCAACAGCCAGCAGAGUAUCUGAGGACAGAUUAUAGGUCAAACAUUUUAAACAUUGUCACUAUUUUCUUAUGAACCACUGCACUUACUCAGAGACAGUUCACUCCAAAAUCAAAAAUAUUUUUUUUCCUCUCACAUGACAGACCUUGUGAGCAGCUUGAUGUAGGAACUAUUUUCUGUCUGCAAAACUACACCCGCCAACCAAAUAACUGCAAAGAGGGAAGCGUGCAUCUACUUAUCGACGAGAGGCUCGUGUUAGUGACAGCCUGAGAUGUAAGCAUUGAUGGUUUUCUCUUAGGCUAAACUUUAAUGUUAGCUAGCUCAGUGGUGAAAAAUGAGCUAGAGGUCGAUGCAUGCUUCUGUCUUUGCAGUAAUAUGAUUGGUGGGUAUAUUUUAGUUAAAAGAAAAAAAAAUCUUACUCAAACUACUCACAACAAGGUAUGUAGAUUAUCUUAAGUAACCAGGCCAUCAUUUCGAGAAAGAGACAUUGCUAUCGAGUUUUUCCAAGUUUAGUUUUUUUU